AAAUAACACGAAAAAGGACUAGUUUGAGCUAACCCCUUCAUCGAAACUCGCCUGCUUCUGCUAUACAGGGAGUAUUUGCGUAGGAGAAUAAACGGUGGUUUCCGCGCCGAGACCUCCAUGCGGCUGUUGGCGGAACAGCCAGCCGCCUCUCUCGGUUAGCCAUCAGGGAUCUCAGUUUAAUAUCUCACCGUGCAGAGACUCGCCCUCUCUCUCCCCCUCUCUCUCACUGGCUAGCCCAGAACCUCCGACGACCGAGCUCGGAGAACCCGCCUUCUUGCCCUCGCUUAAACGCUUUUGGAUCGAGGGAAGGGAGUCUGCGACGCCCUGGUUUUAGUUUUAAGCUCCGUUUCUCUGUGUUUGCAGUGCGCCAUUGGACCUUGUCACGGUAGGUUUCCUUGUAGAGCAGAGCUGAAGCAUGGCGGACCUGGAGCUGUUUGUCGCGCCAGAGAAGCUACUCAGCCGCGGUUUGUUAACAUGUUUCCUCGGAGCUUUAGCUAACCAUUUUAGAUGCCGUUUAAUGCUACAAUACUGCAACCAGAACUGUAAGCAGCUACGGUUAAAACUGAAUCGUGGUUUAAAAAAAAAAAUCAGUUUGACGCGAUAACAUUUGCCCGUAAAAAAACAUUUUCCGUUUUCUUCUUUCUUCCUGAGCCUCCGCAAGACUUUCCAGCCACCACGAUAUUUACGGGCAUUUCUACAAUUUGUUACUAAUCCAUCUACGCUGUCCACCAUUUAAAUUAGCUGCUUUUUUUUUAAUUAAAGGCAGCUAAAUAAAAACCGUUACGUGAUUUAGAUGAUUGGUUGUAAACAGCAGCUAAUGUUAAUGUGGUCCAGGUCUACUGUGCAGGACACGAAAUUGUUCUUAGAUGCCAAAAAGCCCAAAGCCUUGUAUUAAAUAACCUUUAAAAAGGCAUAGCUAAUAAUAUUUAAAAGAAAAUGUCCCAAUUUUAGCCGCAUUCGGUGUGUCAAAUCGUCCUUGCUCGUGUAAUGCCUCAACACUCAAAUUUAUAUCACGCAUAUUGUCAUAAUAAUUAAAUUUAAGGUAGAUUUUAUGUUUCAAGAGUUUCUUAUAUACAAUGUGGAGGUUAUUUAGUUACAUAAAUGGUGAAAUCGAUCGUUUAAAUGUAGCUAGGUCACACGGUUGACACCACAUUGAGCUGGGGCCAUCAAGGACAAGAUGAACAACGAGCAGCCGCCAUCAUUGGAACACAGCUCGGUUACGCCUCGCUGAAGAAUGCUCUGGAUUUUGCUAGCAAAUCCCACUCUGAAACGCCUGAAACGUGAAUAAAAACGGCCUGCAGAUAACCUUAAAACACAUUUAUUUACUGUAAACGAAUGUUAUUUUCGAUUUCAUCGCUCCGGUCUCAGUUAACACUACGAGGAGAAGAUUAUAGGUUUUGCGUGGCGGAGCUAGAUCAGCGCCCAACGGUGAUGAGGCGCCUCUGUCGAGUGGCGCAUUUGGCUGCAGUGCUUCCAAGCUACCAUUCCCCUUUCUCGGAGACCGAAAGCAGAUCCCUCGUCCGUGGUCAGCUGGUCGCCUACAGCUGCCCGUCCGUCCACGUCCAUUCGCUUCCUCCUUCCGUGGAUCCUCCCCAACCUCAGCUCCGACAGAAAAUCCUCCAUUACUGAGCGGACCAGGCGAGAAAAUGGUCGCUCCUGUGUGUCCACGAUACUUUUGUUGUGGAAUAAGGACAGUACUAAUACGCCAAAUUCCGGUUGGCAAAAUUUGCUCGACGGAGACUCCUGUUGUCGUAGCUAGAUGUGCUAGUUGAAGCCCUCCGCAGUGUUAUUUGAGAUUUGAAGCCGUCACAAGCAAUAGCCUAUGUCUCACCAUGUAGCGUAAACGUUUAAGGGGCGGUGUAAUGAACAUAAACCAUUAUGUCGAGCCAAAUUUAAAUUUAACGACUUUGACUCGUCAUUAUUACUUUUAUAUGAAGAAUUAGCCACAUUAAUUGAUCCAAGACAGAAUAUCCGCAAAUGAAUGGAGAAAUGGAGGCAACGACACAAGACCAAGUAUGGGCGCAGGAUGACCUUUUAAGACUGCUGGAGGCCAUGAAAGUGGCUCUUCCACAGAAAGACCUGACUAAAUACAAAACAUCAGAGUCCCACCUGGACUGGCAGAAAGUUGCUUUCAAUUCCUACACAGCUGAGAUGUGCAAGCAGAAAUGGCAGGAGGUGUCGAAAGAGAUUCGUAAAUUCAGGACCCUGACAGAAUUGAUAGUUGAUGCUCAAGACUACAUAAAGAACCCAUACAAGGGCAAGAAAAUAAAGAAACACCCAGAUUUCCCCAAGAAGCCUUUGACUCCAUACUUCCGUUUCUUUAUGGAGAAGAGGGCCAAGUAUGCAAAGCUGCACCCUGAGAUGAGCAACCUGGACCUCACUAAAAUCCUAUCUAAGAAGUAUCGGGAGCUGCCUGAUAAAAAGAAGAAAAAAUAUGUUGACGACUUCUUACGAGAUAAGGAAACAUUUGUUCAAAGUAUGAUGAAGUUCAGGGAAGAGCAUCCAGACCUGGUGGAGAGCAUGGCCAAAAAAGGCUCAAAUGUACCAGAAAAGCCCAAGACGCCCCAACAGUUGUGGUACAACCACGAAAAGAAGGCCUUCCUCAAGCUGCACCCUGAUGCGACCACCAAAGACAUCAAAGAUAGUCUUGGCAAACAGUGGACGCAGCUUUCUGACAAAAAGAGGCUCAAAUGGAUCACCAAGUCGCUGGAACAGCAGAAGCAGUAUGAGGAGACGAUGCGUGAAUACAUCCAACAGCAUCCGGAGUUAAAUAUGACUCAGGAAGACAUCGUAAAGUCCACCCUGACCAAGGCAGAGAGGCACCUGAAGGACAAAUCUGACGGCCGUCCUGACAAACCUCCUCCAAACGGUUACUCGAUGUUCUGUGCGGAGCUAAUGUCGAGCAUGAAGGACGUUCCCAGCACAGAGCGUAUGGUGAUGUGUAGUCAGCGGUGGAAGCUGCUAAAGCAGGGUGAAAAGGACGCCUACCAAAAACGCUGCGAACAGAGGAAAAAAGAGUAUGAAAUUGAGAUGAACAGAUUUCUCAGUAGUAUAUCAGAGGAGGAGCAGCAGCGGGUCUUGGGUGAGGCGAAGACUGGUUUUAAGAAAAGCACUGGAGCCAAUAGUCCCGCAUCUAAAAAGAAAAACUCUAAAGCAAACGCAAAUCCAGAAAAACCCAAAAGACCCAUUUCAGCCAUGUUCAUAUUUGCUGAGGAGAAACGUCCCAAACUGCAGCAGGAGCGGCCAGACCUCGCUGACAGUGAGAUCACAAGACUUCUUGCUCGCAUGUGGAACGAGCUGCCAGAUAAGAAGAAGGAGAAGUUUAAGCGCUUAGAAUCGGUGUUGAAGGCAGAAUCGGAGAAGAAGGAAAAAGAGGACCGCAGUCGACUCCCAGAUCCGCCCAAAAAUGCACAAGACAUCUGGCAGCAGAGUGUUAUAGGCGACUACCUGGCCAGAUUUAAGAACGACCGGCCAAAGGCACAGAAAGCAAUGGAAGGAACCUGGAGCACCAUGGAGAAAAAAGAGAAGAUUAUGUGGAUCAAAAAGGCAGCAGAAGACCAGAAAAGAUAUGAGAGAGAAGUAAGUGAGAUGCGCUCGCCUGCUGCUGCCAUUGCCUCAGGGAAGAAGAUGAAAUUUGAGGGUGAACCCAAGAAACCGCCAUCAAAUGGAUAUCAGAAGUUCUCUCAGGAGAUGCUGUCCAAUGGAGAGCUGAAUCAUCUCCCAAUGAAAGAGCGGAUGGCUGAGAUUGGCAGCCGCUGGCAGAGGUUACCACUGAAGGAAAAGGACCGCUACAAGAAGAUUGCUGAGGAGAAGCAAAGGCAGUACAAAGUCCAACUGGAACAGUGGCUCGCUAGUUUGUCUUCGCAAGAGAGAAACACUUACAAAGAAUAUAAUUCACAAAAAAGAAGAACUACAGCAAAACCAGGAGGCCCCAAGGCAAAGGCCAAGAAAUCUGAUACGGAGGAGGACGAGGAUGAUGACGACGAUGAGGAGGAUGACGACGACGAUGAGCAGGAGAAAGCUUCCAGUGAAGGCGACUCUUCCAGUGAGGACGAUGAGGAUGAUGAUGACAAGGAGGAGGACGACGACGAUGAAGACGACGAAGAGGACGACGAAGCAGACGACAAGGAGAACAAGUCGGAGGACAGCAGCAGUGAGUCGAACUCACAGGGGUCGUCAGACUCUGAUUCAGACUGAAACGCGCCAUCACUGACAAACUGAGCAGCGCUGAGCUGAGCCAAGAGUCCAGGGAGCUCUGCCACUGUGCCAACCCUGCUCUCCUCCCACCACCAGAGGGAGCCCCUGCAUUGCCUCAUCCAUUUCACACUCACCCACUUUAUGUUGCUGCGCUGGCGAUCUGUACAGAAGGAGAGACCCUGCCCCUAUCUGGAAAUCAGUUCAAUUCCAUCCCCAGCGCAGUAGUCAUCUCACAGCACGGGCCACUGACAGUAUGCCAAAAACAGCAUCCCACUGGUUUGGUGAUGUCAUGAACAUUUCUGCACUGGUUUCAAUCUUGACUUGCAGCUUCAGUGGUUUAAGGUUAGAGUUUUAAUGUGUUGGGUAAUUGAUUACCCGUUCAGUCUUUUAUUUUUGUUAUUCCGAUGAUUAGUUAAGGACAGGUGGCUUGAGUUGUGAACAGGCUGAGCCAAAGAACACAGUACGGUGGAUCACCUGAAGGUGGGCAGGGGGGAGGGUAUGCGGGGUACUGGAAAAUUGCACUCUACAAAAAAUUUUCGUUUAAUCUUUUUUUUUUUUUUUUUUUUUU